GCUUGAACCAGAAUAAACCACCGUAACUGUAAUUUACGCUCAUUUUGCAUUUCGCCUUCAGUCUUGUUCACCUUCGACUCUUGGAGGCUCGACCAUCUUCGUCUUCUUCCUUCAGUGUAGAGUCCUCGCUUACCUGUGAAAUCGAAGAAGCUGAAGAUCAAUGGGAACCCUAGGCAGAGCAUUUUACUCGGUUGGUUUUUGGAUCCGUGAGACCGGUCAAGCUCUCGAUCGCCUCGGUUGUCGCCUUCAAGGCAAAAAUUACUUCCGCGAACAACUGUCAAGGCAUCGGACUCUGAUGAACGUGUUUGAUAAGGCUCCGAUUGUGGAUAAGGGAGCUUUUGUGGCACCAAGCGCUUCAGUGAUUGGGGACGUUCAGAUUGGAAGAGGAUCGUCCAUUUGGUAUGGAUGCGUACUACGAGGGGAUGCAAACACCGUUAGUGUUGGAUCAGGAACUAAUAUUCAGGACAACUCACUUGUGCAUGUGGCAAAAUCAAACUUAAGUGGGAAGGUGCAUCCAACCAUCAUUGGAGAUAAUGUAACCAUUGGUCAUAGUGCUGUUUUACAUGGAUGUACUGUUGAGAAUGAGACCUUUAUUGGGAUGGGGGCGACACUUCUUGACGGGGUCGUAGUUGAAAAGCAUGGGAUGGUUGCUGCUGGUGCGCUUGUACGACAAAACACCAGAAUUCCUUCUGGAGAGGUAUGGGGAGGAAACCCUGCAAGGUUCCUCAGGAAGCUCACUGAUGAGGAAAUUGCUUUUAUCGCCGAGUCAGCAACAAACUACUCAAACCUCGCACAGGCUCACGCUGCAGAGAAUGCAAAGCCAUUGAAUGCGAUUGAGUUUGAGAAGGUUCUGCGCAAGAAGCAUGCGCAAAAGGACGAGGAGUAUGACUCAAUGCUCGGUAGUGUGAGAGAAACUCCUAACAACAUACAGCCUGAUAAAGAAACCAAGCAUCCAUCUAAUGUGAACUGAUUUUUCUGAGGUAUGUUUACUGAUCGAAACCCUAUAGUAUAAGAUGUUCGAGGGGAUUAUGUUUCGGUCUCUGGUUUGAAUAAUGGCAGGUAGAGUACAUUAGGGUAGAUGAAUUUGCAGCUCUUGGAGAAGCUUUGUUCGACAUUUUGUCAUGGAAUAUUAGGGAAUGGUAUUGUCAGAUCAAACUUUGGAUGCUAUAUUGCUUUGGUCUUUUGAACUUAAGAAUCAAGUUUAUGAAACAUGAGUGAAUAAUAAGUCUGAUGCAUGUGCUAAUGCAAAUCCAUGUGCGCCUAUGUUGCUAGGCAAACAUGAAGAAGAUCCAAACAUGAUAUACAUAUAUAUUUAUAUAAUAACUGCAAAUUAUUAGUGGGGUUGAUGGUAUUGGUACCGUGAAUUACGCUU